AUGGCUGGACAAUUUCCCGUGGAAAUCCUGGAGCCCGUGUCAAUCAAUAACAAUACUCCGGUUCUCAACAUCAUGGGACCGAAUGGUUCGGCGUCAUAUGUGCUUCGCAAUAGCUCCGACCAAAAUUGCUACUUUGUGAUUGGUACGCCUGUUCUGAGAGCUAACCCAAUGGCGGUGCAAAACUGGGACCUUGCCUAUGUUUUGUCAAACAAUACGGAGGUGUUCUUGAUGAGUUUUGUCUUAGCCCCGGGCGAUAACGUCCGUCUUUAUCUCCGCGGACAAAAUCUGGUGCCUGGAGAAUACGAUUUGAACAUCGGAGCUGGAUUGUUGGCGAGGCAAUUGGGGUGCAAUAAUUCGGGGACAACA